AAGCUAAUGUAUGGAGCAAACCUGACCGACGACGAGCAUUCCCCUGUUCAAAAUCGCAGCGCAUUUGGAGAGAGCUAGUUAGGGUUUAGGGUAAGGCGCAAGGGAUGGAAGCUGCCGCCGCGGGGUGAAUCGCGAGGAAAUCUCCAGCAGCUUUGCUGCUGCUGCCCUGCUGCUAUUGCUGGUGCUGCUCUUGGUGUUGGAUCUGUCAUUGCGGCAGCGAGAAAUGGAUGAGAAUCAGCGCUGGAAUGGCACACAGCUUAAUGCGUACAACACUGUGGUAGCAGCGAGUGGAAUUAGGGCAGCCGGAUCUGUGCCACUGGGGGAUUCCAUGGCCGGGGACGACAAUAAUGCAUCCAGCGUCACCAGGCAAAAGGUUGCUGCGGCCAAGCAGUACAUUGAGAAUCACUACAGGGCCAAGGCCAAGAGUUUGCAAGAACGAAGAGAAAGGCGUUCGUUGCUCGAGAGAAACCUGGCAAAUGCCGAUGUUUCGGAAGAGGAACAGCAUACACUUAUCAAAGACCUUGAACGUAAGGAGACAGAGUACAUGCGACGCCAGAGACAUAAAAUGGGCGUCGAUGAUUUUGAGUUGCUAACUAUUAUAGGGAGAGGAGCGUUUGGGGAGGUGAGACUGUGUCGACACAAAGAAAACGGCGAGAUUUAUGCCAUGAAGAAGCUUAAGAAGUCCGAGAUGCUUAGUAGAGGACAGGUGGAACAUGUGAGAGCUGAAAGGAAUUUGCUCGCGGAAGUUGAUACUCACUGCAUAGUGAAGCUGCACUACUCGUUUCAAGAUGCCGAGUACCUUUACCUCAUCAUGGAGUAUCUACCGGGUGGUGAUAUGAUGACGCUUCUUAUGCGCAAGGACACGCUAACGGAGGACGAAGCUCGCUUCUAUGUUGCGCAGAGCGUUUUGGCAAUCGAGUCCAUUCACAAACAUAAUUACAUUCACAGGGACAUUAAGCCCGACAAUCUACUACUUGAUAAGAACGGGCACAUGAAGCUUUCAGAUUUUGGUCUUUGCAAGCCUCUCGAUUGUAACACGCUCUCAACUUUGCACGAAAAUGAGGAGGAUGAGCCACGAGAACCGAUGGACAUAGAUGAGCGCCUUGUAAGCCCAUCAACCGGUAGUUCUUGGCGGAGUCAGCAAGAACAACUGUUACACUGGCAGAAGAACAGACGUAUGCUGGCCUUUUCAACGGUUGGUACACCCGAUUACAUUGCUCCGGAAGUGUUGCUUAAGAAGGGAUACGGCAUGGAUUGCGACUGGUGGUCAUUAGGAGCAAUCAUGUUUGAGAUGCUAGUUGGUUACCCUCCAUUUUAUUCAGAUGAGCCCAUGAAUACCUGUCGUAAGAUAGUGAACUGGAGAACACACCUGAAGUUUCCUCAAGAAGCGAGAUUAUCUCCAGAAGCCAAGGAUCUUAUUUGUAGGUUGCUGUGUGACGUUGAGCAUAGGCUGGGGUCAAGAGACACAAACGAAAUCAAGGCACACCCGUUCUUUAGAGGAAUCGACUGGGAUCAUCUUUAUGAGGUCGAAGCAGCUUUUAAGCCAGAAGUAAAUGGGGAACUUGACACGCAAAACUUUCAGAAGUUCGAAGAGGCUGGAACUCAAGGUGAUCUUCCCUCGAAGUCAGGACAGUGGCGCAAGGAUGUCAAUUUUGUCGGGUAUACAUACAAGAACAUUGAUCUUUUCAAAGCUAAGAACUCUCCUGUUGAGCUAAGGAAGAGAAGCCAAAGUCCUUCGAGGCCGUCCAUUGUCUCAAUAUUUGAGAAAAACAACUCGUCAGACGAGAUUAGCGACAGUGCUCCAACUGAAAUGGAGGUGUCAACCAUGGAAACCAGCGUUGUUCCGUCAAAUCCUCCCUUACCCUGUCAACAGGCCCCGACGUUUUCAUUUAGUAACGACACAAGAUAGCUGUAUAAAGCCCUUUCGUUUACUGGGAUCCAUAGGUACGGUAGUCAGGUGAGGAUCUAUAGGAAGAAGGUAAAAAACAGGGACAAGAGAGAAAGAGAACAGGAAGGGGGGAUCUUUUCCUCUCAAGUUAUAGCUCGCCAGGCAGCAAAGGGAAAGGGAAGAAGUGACAUAAAAAGUAGUAGCUAGCUAUAGCUAGAAUGGCAGUUCGGGCCUUGGGCUAUGCAGUGCGCGGUACCGUCUUCGUCUUCCACCACUCAAUCCGUCAGCGGCACCAAUAAAGCCUUUGGUUGGCACAAUUACCGCAGCGAUCCACAAGAAGAAGGAAAAGACUUCCAGCUUUGUAUAAACUGUGGAAGCUCACAGAGACGUCAGUGGCGGAGCACUGGAUCUGGAGCACUGGACAGGGAAGCGUAAAGUUUUGUGUAGCAGCGGCAACAACGAGAUCCAUCAUCGAUCAAUCAAUCAAGAACUAGAAGAUCAAAGAGGACAGUGGGGUCAAUUUGGACAGCUGCUGCUACUGCUGCGUGCUGCCGCGAUGAUCCUACUUUUUUUGGCUGCUACCACUUUUCUUUCGCGACCAACAAGCACGGCUUUUCGGACAGACUCUGUGGAGAAGAGCUGGCGUCAUGGUGUGACGAGAUUCAUUGUAGUAUGAUAUUUUUUUCUCUCU